UAAAAAUAAAGCGCUUAUAACGUUGGUACUAAAAAUAAUUGUUGACGGUUUCAAAAUGAGGCUUCCGUUGCACUUUAGUAAUAUAAAUAAUGCGCAUUUCUUCCACUGAACAACAGUGAGCGACACACGCAUUUAGGGACAAGUAAAAAAUAUAAAUAUUACAAAUGGAACCUGCAAUAAUUGUUCAUGGCGGAGCAGUGAAGUUUUCUGGCGAGAAAGUAGGGAGGGCAUUAGAAGGCACAAAAAAUGCUGCCUCCAGGGGGUAUCGUAUUCUGAUUCAAGGGAGGUCAGCUAUAGACGCAGUGCAGGCUGCUAUAUGUGAGCUAGAAAAUGACCCGACAUUUGAUGCAGGUACUGGCUCACCUCUAACAUCAGAAGGCGAUAUUGAGAUGGACGCCGUUAUAAUGGACGGUAGAACAUUGGAGUCAGGGGCUGUAGCUGCCGUGAAAAACGUGAAAAAUCCAAUUGUAUUGGCAAGAAUGGUAAUGGAAAAUACGCCCCACUGUCUCUUGGUAGGACAAGGGGCAAAUCAGUUUGCAGACGAAGAAGGAGUGCCUAGAAUUUCAAAAGAAAAGCUUAUUACGGAAGAAAACAGAAACAAAUUGUUAGAGUUCAAAAGCUCAUACGGGAAAGCUGUAAUGAACGAUUUUAGCACAAGGGACCAUGAUACUGUUGGGGCUGUAGCUAUUGACAAGGAUGGUAACAUCGCAUUUGGAACGUCAACAGGUGGUAUAACAAACAAGAGGCCUGGCAGAGUCGGGGAUAGCCCUUUAGCUGGAAUAGGCGGUUAUGCUGACAAUAAGGUCGGAGGUAUCUCAUGCACCGGUCAUGGGGAGUCAAUAACUAGAGUGGCUUUGGCAUAUGAUAUCAUAUCAAAAAUGAAAUAUGCAAACAUGACCAUACAAGCCGCAGCAGAUGAGGCCUUAAGCGAAAUGAGUGAAAAACUUGCAAAUGCUGAGAAUAAUUUCUCUGCCGGGGUGAUAGGCAUUGGCAAGGAUGGUGUGCCGGUGUACUCAUUCAAAACAGAACAAAUGGCUUGGGCCUGGGCCAGAAAUGGGAAGCUGCAUAAUGGCGUUAAUCCCGGAGAUGAUGAUGUAUACUCUGUUGAGAUUGACAGCGACAGCACUCUCAUCAAGGAUGACUGAUUCAGAGUAAAUACAGAUUAAGUGAGGAGGAUAGGGGGUACAUAAUAAUUGAAGGAGAUAACAUUCAAACAAUAACACUCCUUUUAUAAAAAACUGAAUUGUAUGUCUUGUCUUAAAUAUAUAUAUCCAUAGUUAUUCCUUUUGAUGUUUUACAUUAUACAUUAAAAAAUUUUUAUACAUUCUUUUGUUUUGUACAGACUUCAUAUAUACAUUCUACUAAUGUCAAUUUAACAGUUUUAACAUUCCUCUUGUUUCCAUGACAAAUAUUAUAUCGUUCUCUCUCAUGAUUAUUAGUCUAUCUAUUUAAUCUGUCUACCAUUGUUCCCUAGAUAAAAUAUAUAUUGCACAAACUAAACUAGUCAAAUGAAAGACAUGAUUUUGUUAACUUUCUUUAGACAAUGUUGUCGUCCCAUGUUUCUAUUAAUUAUUUCCAGUGUAUUUUAUGAUAAAGUUAAAAUCUAUUUCCCCUUAAAAUACAAGUCCUGUAGUUUCAGAUACGAUCUAUUCACUUCUCGUAAGCUAACAUGUUGUGUUUUUUUCCAAAGCUCGGACCAUUCUAUGCUUUUUAUCCAUGUCUUAUAAAUUGUUUUAUACAUUUGAAUAUUCGUUGGCCCUUUAUCGAUAAUUAUCUGAAUCCUGUGUCUAUAACUUAACUUAACGAACAUAAUACUUGCCUUCUUAGCCAUAUAUCGUUAGUGACGAUUGGUUAAGGCUUAGGAGUAGGUUAGAAUCUUAAUGAAACAAUUUUUAUAAAGUCAAUGUAUUUUUUUUUUCUUUUGCAAAACUUGCCUAUUAUUUUCUGUGCAUGCCAAUCAUCCAUUGUGUGCCUUUAUAUAUUGAAAUUAUGAAAAUUACAUAAACAUUAUGAUACAUAUAUACUUUAAAGCUAUGAACUUUAAAAAAGACACCAAAUAUAAUCAAAUGACUUGUCAAUCUAAUCAAAUAGAAUCUUAUUAAAAUCUAUUGUAUGAUUAAACAUCAAUAGGUAAAUCAUAAUAAAUUAUGGAAACUAUCGAAAAAUCUAAAAAAAAAAUCAGUUUCAGGUCAAUAAUGCCAAACAAUAAAGUCUCCUAUAACACAUUAAUUUAUAUACAUGAUAAAAUUGAUUUCAUUAAUUCUUUAGGGUAAUUAAGUACGAAUAUUCUCAAGCAAUACAUGUGUCAUAUAACACGUCAGUUAUAUACAUGAUAGCAUUGUUUUGGUUAAUUUUUCAGCAUAAUUAAGUACACCAUUGCCAUCGGUAUGGGCAUACACAUCAUUAUUUUCUGUGUCAUGAUUUUUUAAGUGAUAAUUUUUUGUUGCUUUUACCGCUUAAAGUUUCCAUUGAAGGAUAUGCAUAUAAAUAUCUAGUUUUAUGUUUAUAAAUAGAUAUGUGUGUACAAAUUGUAUUACAAUUUUAAAUUGUCAAUCAUAUCUAUCAUUGAUAAACUUUCAAACAUGUUUCAAAUUAAUGAACAUAUCAAAGUUCUCUCUAUAUAUUUUUUAUUGAUAUAUUUAGCAUUAACAUGUAUUAAUAAACAGAAAUAAAACCAAUUUGUAUAUUGAA